AUGAAUGGCUACAAGACUGAUAACCACGACCGAAAGCUUGACGCUGAGCAGUAUAAUGCUCCUCUGGCAGAGCUGGAAUCCGGCAGUACCAAACGGACAUGGUCUCAGACGUUGUCUGUUUUAAUCUCUGGUGUAGCAUUGUUCUCGGACGGUUACAAUAUUCAAAUUACGGGCUACACCAACACUGUGAUGGCAAAGCUCUACCCCAAGGCGCUUACUACUACCAUGAAAGCCAGACUCAGCAACUCUAUCCUGAUUGGCGACAUCUUUGGGAUGCUGUUAUUUGGUCUCUGCGCCGAUCGUUUGGGGAGGCGCUGGGGGAUAGUCGGCUGCACCUUCUUCCUAGUAUUGGGUGUCACGUUGGCUACCGCUGCUCAUGGCACUACGCCCACUGGUAUGCUGUGGAUGAUUGUGGUAGCUCGAGGUGUCGCUGGACUCGGUGCCGGAGGAGAAUACGCCGUUUGUACCACUUCUGCUGUGGAGGCAGCCAAUGAGACGGCGGGCUUGAGACGACGACGAGGCUUUAUGGUUGCAAGUGCAACAAAUGUAGCUAUCAUAUCCGGUUUUGUAGGAUCAGCCAUCGUUUUCUUGAUCGUCCUCGCGGCCUUCCAUGGUAAGCCCCAUGAAGCUGUAUGGAGAAUCUGUUUUGGUAUCGGUAUCGUUCUGCCUUUGUCCAUUUUCUUUUUCCGAAUGCAAAUGAUCGAUUCGACCUUGUAUCAAAAACAUGGUAUCGCCAAGAAGCCAUUCCCAUACAAAUUAGCAUUCAAGCGAUACUGGAAGCCGCUCUUUGGGUGUUCGUUCGCUUGGUUCCUCUACGAUACUGUUAUCUAUCCCUUCAAUCUUUUGGCUCCGACUCUUGCCGCUGGCUUCGAUUCUAACGCUACACUUCUCCAGUCCAACGGUUGGGGUGCAUUAAUCAACUCUUUCGCGCUUCCUGGUUGCAUUUUCGGUAGUCUUUUGAUCGAUCGUCUGGGUCCCAGACAGACCUACGCAUUUGGCACGAUCAUGGUCGCGAUAUUUGGUUUUACCAUUGGUGGAGCGAUGGAGCCUCUGAAUACUGGCGGUACAGGAACAUUUGCAGCCUUUGUCGUCUUAUUUGGGUUGUUUCAGUCUUUCCUUUCUGUCGGCCCCGGAAACUGCAACUUCAUUGUGUCCAGCGAGAGUUUCCCUACGCCUAUCCGUGGCCAUUUCCUUGGACUCGCUGCUGCUAUAGGGAAAGCUGGUGCCGCUGUCGGUACACAAGUCUUCCCGCUGAUCCAAGCUCGGUAUCCAACAACCAUCAAAGGUCACCAGGCCAUGUUCUUUGUCGGAUCAGGAAUCUGCGUACUCUGUGCUAUAGUCGUCAUGACUCUCAUUCCCAAUCGAAGAGCUCAAUUGGAGGAUGAGGAUGUAGAAUUCAGGCAGUAUUUGGAAGCUAAUGGAUGGGAUACUUCCGACAUGGGCUCGACCAAAGUUCCGAUCCCUAUCAAUCAGGACGGCGAGGAGAAGUAG